GAGGAAUUUGAAAAUGUCGAAUUACAGGCACUACGUGGAAGAAACUUAAAAAAUGGGGGCAAAAGAUUACCUAAAACAAACUUACGACUUACACAAAGGAAUACACACUGUAAUAACAAUAUGACUCCUACUAUAGAACCUAGAAUGCGUAAAGCCACUAUGAGAUAUAUUAAUAUGAAAAUAUGGGAUGUAGGUGGACAACCACGUUUUCGUAGUAUGUGGGAACAGUAUUGCCAGGGCGUAAAUGCAAUAGUAUUCGUAAUUGAUUCCGCCGAUCAUGAGAAAUUGGGAGCUGCACGAACUGAAUUACGUAACCUUCUGGAAAAGCCACCACUCGCAAGCAUUCCAGUCUUAGUCUUGGGUAAUAAAAACGAUUUACCAGAAGCUUUACCCGUCGAGAAUAUUAUUGAUGAAAUGUAUGUGCUAAAAUUUCCCAAAUAUUGUCAUAUACCAGACGCUUCUGCUAGUUAUAUUUAA